AUGUCGAAUCCAAAAAAUAAAUCCCUAUCAUCUCCAGGAAAACAUUCUCAUCCAUCUAUAUCAACAACAAAUCAAAUUGAACAACAUCAUCAAAUACGUCAUUCAAUACAUUGUUCUGAUUAUCCUUCAUCAUUAUUUUCAACAAUCAAUCAAUUUCGUUUAUCAGAUUUAUUUACUGAUGUAACUAUUUAUGUUGAUGGUGUUCCAUUUGCUUGUCAUCGUUUAAUACUUGCUGCAGCUUCGCCAUAUUUUCGUGCUAUGUUUUCAUAUAAUUUUCGUGAAUCAACGGAAGGAAAUGUUCGUAUACAAGAUAUUACACCAUGGACAAUGAAACGAAUACUUGAAUUUAUUUAUACAGGUCAUACAGAUGUAAAUUAUGAAAAUUUAUUUGAAAUGUUUAAUGCAAGUGUUAUGUUAUCAAUAAAAGAAUUAACUGAUUUACUUAUAAAAUUUCUUUAUUUACAAAUUGAUAUCUAUAAUUGUAUACAAAUUGAACAGCUAGCAACAUUAUAUUCAUUAGAAACUUUACGUCGUACAACAUUACAAUAUAUUGUUGAUCAUUUUAUGUGUUUAUAUGAAAAAAAAUUAUUUGUUCAAUUAAAUGAACAUACUUUAAUGGAAGUUUUAUCGGAUGAUAAUUUAGAUAUACCAAAAGAAGAAUAUGUUUUUUUAACUAUUGUACAAUGGGUUAAUUAUCAUCCAAUUGAACGUGAACAAUAUUUUCAAAGUUUAUUUAAAUUUAUACGUUUAAAUUCUAUAAGUGAUAGUGAUUUUGUAACAAAUUCAAUGCGUAAUGAAAAAUUAGUACAAAAAUAUACAACUUGUUUACGUACAUUAAAAGAUUUUUAUUCAAAUAAUUUCAUUCCAGAUUUACUUGGUCCUAUUCGACCAAGUACUCAAAUCAGAUAUCAUUUAAUUGUGAUUGAAUUAUAUUCGAGUGAUGAUGAAAAUGAUGAAGAUGAAAGUGAAACUGAACAAUCAACGACUGUAAAAGAACCUGAUGAGUCAAUUGUAACAUUCUAUCAGAAAUUUUCUGCUCAAUUACAAGUGAACGAUGUAGCAACAACAAAUCAUACUUUGAGCCCAAAUAAUGUUGAUUCAAAUCAUUGUGACUAUUUUAUAAAUUCCCAUAAUCAUGAUCGUUCGUCAUCGCCUGAUCAUCGUUUAUCAUCAUUAAACUGUCAUUUACAUGCCUAUGAUUUUUUCCGACAACGAUGGCGUUUUCUUGGUCGUUUGCCAGAAAUAUUUUCUCAUGUAUCAUGUAUAUCAACAAAUACAACAUUGUAUUUAUUCGGUGGACAAUUAAAAUCUGGAGAAUUAAGUGAUCGUAUAUGGACAUUAUCAUUAGCAACACUUAAAUGGCAAAUGUCUUCUGUACAUUUACCAUAUCCCCGUGGACAACAUACAUGUGUUCUUUUUAAUAAUGUUGUUUUAUUAUUUUUUGGUGUUUCACAUUCAUCAUCAUCUAUAAAUCCAUGUCAUUCAGUAGAUAUGUUUGAUUUAACAACUGAAACAUGGACAUGUCUCGGUGAAAGUGUACCUUCAUAUCAAUGUGAACCAAUUGUUGCAACAGGACAAUUAGUAUUAUUAUCAAAUAAAAAUGAUACACAAGUAUUACAUACAUAUAAAUUAAAAAUGCAACAGCAUGAUGAAUUUACGAAUGGACAAUCGAUUAAAAUGAAUACAUCUAAUGAUGAAUUAUCAUCAACAGUAAUAAAAGAUAAAACACAACUUUCCAGAACUCCAUCACUUGAUAGUACUCUUGUAAAUAAUCCAUGUUUAACAUCAGCUGGUUAUUACAUGCUACCACGUAACAAUAAUAUUGGUCGCUUUUCACUUGUAACACAUGACGAUGAUCUUUAUCUUAUUUAUUGGCAAUCAAAACAAGUUUAUCGUUUUAAUUUAGUACGUAACGAAAUCUUAUUAAAACAAUCAAUGCCAUAUUCCUAUUUAAAUCAUUGUCAAUGUGUUCUUGUUGAUCGACGUGUAAUUGUUAGUGGUUUAGUAUGUUUAUCAAAUUUAACUGAUAUAGAAAAGCAAGCUUUGUUAUUGUCAAACGAAAAAAAAUCCUCAAAAAAAGAUUCCUAUUGGACUAUACAAAUAUAUGAUAUUGAUGAAGAUCGGUGGUCCCUAUUACCUGAUCAACAAAUUCAACGAAAACAUCUAUUAUUGGUAUCAAAAUUAUCUUAA